CUACACAAGAUGCUAUAAACAGCACAUGUACCUAAAAAAUUGUUGCUUUUGCAUAGCUUGUAUUAUACAGUAACAGUGAGGAGGAAUGUGUCUUUGUUCACACAAUAGAUGACUGUGUACAGUGACAUAAAUAUUACAAAAGCAUCAGAAGAGUUCAGCCCUCCACACAUGAAUGAAGAUGACUUACUUUCUACUCAACAUUUUAUCAUUUUGAAAAAUAAGAAUUAUAUCCUACACAUUCAGUGAUGACACAUGUGCUUCCACUAUUGUUGUACUUUUUAGAUUCAGCAUAUUUUGUGCAACUUGUUCUAGAUUUUGACAUCAAAAUGGCUUCCCACUCAAAUGGAGAUUUAAACAGACAAGGGGAAACCAUCUUGAAUUUCUCAAGAUUUGUGUUUCUUAUUGUGAUUUCCUUUUGCAAGGCAUUAGUAAGUAAUAUAACAGGAAUCUGUUGACCAUGAUACAUGUCGCCAUCCGGGAAGGUCUUUAAGAAGUUCUGAAGAACUGUUUGUUAGCAUUUUAUGCUUUGCCAGCAACUCAGCUAUUUCACAGUGAGAAAGGUAGUGAGAUAUUCAAAGGUUAGGAAACAAAACCCCUAGGGGAUACAAAAAUAGCAUCCUUAUCUACAAAAACAAUCAAUAUAUGAGGGUUAGGAUAACAAAAUGGUUGGUACGAGGGUUGUUUAAAAAGGUCUAAGACUUGCCCAGGAGUUGCAGAAAUAAGACAGUUUUUCACAAUUUCUUUUAUAUAGUAGCCCUCGACAUCAGUGCACUUGCCCAAACAUUGCAAUCCCAUCACAGAAGGUGGCAUCCUGGACCAUCAAAAACUCCUCCACAGCACAUAUGACCUCAUCGUUGUUUCCAAAAUGGCAACCACACAGGUGCAAUUUGAGUUUAGGAAACAAGUAAAAGAUGGAACUAAAUCUGGUAAGGGGAAUAGGUCAGCAAUUCAAAGCCACAGUUGGCUAUUUCAGUUAUUGCAACUUAAGCAGACGGAAUGGGUGCUUUAUCCUGGAACAAGAGGACAUCUCCUCUCAGCUUCCCUCUGUGUUUCCACUUGACUGCUUUCUUCAUUUGGGCUAAUUCUGAUGCAUAGUACUGUCCAUUAAUAGUUUUUUCCUUUUCCAGAUAGUUUAUCAUGAUUACACCUUCAGAAUCUCAAAAAACAGAAGCCAACAGAUGCUGCCUGCUUGAAUUUCUUUAGGGAUGGAGAACUACAGUGUUUCCACUGUUUGCUUUGAAUGUUUGAUUCAGGUUUGAAGUGAUGAACCCAGAUUUUAUUUUGCGUUACUAAUAUGCGGUAGAAAUUCUCUGGGAAGCGAGUGAGAAGUGUCCUGGAAAUGUCAACCUUUUGCAGCUUCUGCUCUGACGUCAGGAUUCUUUGAACCUAUCUUACAGACAGCUUGUUCAUCCCCAUGAUCUCAGUUAAAACAGUGUAGACUGAACCAGAACUAAUGCCUAUGGACUUAGCUGGACAGUAAGACGUAUGUCAUCCAAAACCAUAUGGUGAAUGGCAUCAACUUGAUCAUCAGUGGUUGAGGUUUUUGGACGACCUGACUGAGAGUGAUCUUCUGUGCUGACCCUCCCCCGCUUGAAUUCAACAGCCCAUUUCUUCACACUUGCAUAGGAAGGGAAGUCCUUGGCAAGUGUCAGUACCAUGUCCUCAUGGAUCUCCUUGGGUGUCAUACCUUUCUUUUGCAGAUACUUCAUGAGUGCUGGGGACUCUGUUUUGUCCAUUUCAGAAAGUGUACCUUGAUAAGAAGUGGUAGUGUGUUACCACAACAAAAAUAUUCAGCAAUGGCUCUUCUUUCUGGGUAAGGCUUAGAACUUUUUGGACAACCCAUGAGGGCCAUCAUUAACACAAACAUUUUAACUUGAAUCUAACAGAUCAUAAAACCAUUAAACUCGAAGAUAAAACUCAUUCCUCUUUCAUUUUUAAAGUUUUUUAUAUGGUAAACUGGAUUUUUAAAAUUUUUAUUUAUUUCAUGCCAUAAUAUAUCAGCUGUAAUCUAAAGAGCUGUACCAAGGCUGACAAAGAAAUAAUUUUCGGAGUUAUCAGAAGAAAAGUCACAGCCAGAAGAUUCCUGAUCAGCUUUCAAGUGCUGGAAAUCUGGAGAGUAGUGCAAAGAGGUGAGCAAUGGUGGAUGUCAAGGAAUUAUCAACAUCUCGUGGCUCUGUGAGAACAGAUUCUCCAACCUGCAGAUGGCCUAUCGAGCCAGCCUGAAAUCUUCCCUUUAUCUUCCUCAUGGCUGCCCACACCGCUUGGGAAGUGGUGCGGGAUGACAGUGAGGACACAAACAUCUGCCACGCAAGUUUUCUUGCCUGUUUAAAAAUGUAAUGAGCAUUAGCUCUACUAUGUUUAAAACUUAUCACAUUUUCAGGAGUGGGUUGGCAGAAGGUAAGGAGCUGGGCCUUUUCCGAGCGCGCUGGGCCACACUACCCUAAACCAAGGACACGUGGACGGCUAUUACAAUGUCUUUGUGCAGGAAUCGUCUCUGAGGCGAUUUCUUUUAAAACUGAGUUGAAGAGCUUAGCAGGAUGCAACGUGGGAUCAGUGCCAGUGUCUUUUACUUCGAAAUUCAAACUAGAACUUCGGAGAAGGCGGGUGGAGCCGAGCGUCUGAUAGGCAGGCCAAUCUGCCUUAGAUUCCAUCCGCCGUUAUAAAGAUUAACGUCCUGCUCCAGACUAGUUACAAAUCCUCUGGUGUCAGUCGAGGCCCUGCCCCACAAGGGGUGGUGCAUGUUAAAGUCUCCUAAAAGAAGGGCGGGAGCAGGAAGUUGGGUCAAUUGAUCCUCAAGAUCCUGUCGGGAUAUUAGCAGAAGAAAGAUAGACACAGCAAAUAGUGAUAGUCUUGUCCAGGGUAACCCGGGCAGCAACAGCUUCAAGAGGGGUGGAAAGUGAUAUCUGACUAAACAAAAGGUGGGAGCAAAUGAGAAGAGCAGUCCCACUUGAAGGGACUCCAGUCUGUGAGUCCUGACAUAAAACUCUAAAGCCUUCCAAGGAAAAAAGAGAUGGAAGGUAGGAGAAGAGUCUCCUGCAGUGCUAUUAUAUCAGGAGAGAAACGAGAUGCUAGGAAUCGGAUUUCUUCAAAGUUGGCUCGGAUCCCUCAACAGUUAAAUUGAAGGAUUUGUAGACAUAGUUUAUCUGAGAGGAAAAGACGCAGAGCGCCUCACAGAAACAGGGGGAUCAGAAGAAGAAGAAGGCAGGGGACGGCGGGAUGGAGAAGGCGACACUAAAUGUCGCUCAUCCACAUCCAUGCCCUGAUCGCCACGAGGGAGGGAAACAGCCAUAUAUCCAAAUGAAGUUGAAGAUGUCUUGAAGGAGGAGAGAGACUUGUGUAAGACAAAUAGCAGCUGAUAAGGAAUGUCCACAAGGCCAGGUGCAGAGUCCUGAAAGACCUGCAGCACAUCAUUAAGAGAGAAAAAUAUAUUGUACUGCUCAGAGUUAUCGGGGAAAAAAGCCACAGCAAGAUUUUUCAGUAUACUGUAGGCACUGAAAAUCAGUAGUGUAGUGGGAGGAGGAAGAGUUUUGAGUAAUGGUAGAUGUCAGAGAAUUAGCCACAUCCCGUGCCUCAGUGAGGACAGUCUCCAACCUGCAGGUUGAGCCAGCCUGAAACCUUCCCUUUAUAAUAAUAAUAUGUUUAUUUGUAUAGCGCUUUUUCCCAUCAUUAAAGGCAGGCUGAAAGCACUCUCUUUAGCCUCGUCACUCUUUACCAGCUACUAUUUUUAAGAAAGACAUAAGUACAGUAGUCAGGUCAAAGGCCUCAAAAAUAAGUUGGCGUUUUUCAGCAUUGGCAUCAGUCAGAUUAGUCUGUGCAGCAUAUUUCACUGAGCUUCCUGGAGAUACAUGAUGUCAAUCAUUGCAGACUGGUCUGUACUUCACGCAAAAUUUGCUGUGAUAGCUCGACAUUCUGAAGCAGAUGGAGGAAGGCAAUCAAAGUUUGAAGUCGACUCUGCCGAUAUGCAGAUCUCAAAUUGAAGUAAUGGCAAGAUAGCGAAGAUGUGACAGUAGAAAUGGCACAGAAAAAGAUGAAAAGUGGCGCAGACACAGAAAUCUAUCCAGGAGCAUAGCAAAUAUCGUAACAGAUGUACUGAUAAAUGUUAGACACAAAAACUUCACGCAGAUCAAUGGACAAAUAUGAAAUAUGAAGGAGAGGAGUGACCCUCGAGCCAGUUAGGCGAAGGGACAUCACUCUCCUCUCAUGGCCAGCCACACAACAUGGAAAGUGGUUUUGGGAGGAUAGUGAGCACACAAACAUUUGCCAUACAAGUUUUCUAGUUUGGUUAAAAAUAUAAUGAGCCUGUGCUUGGCUGCAUUUGAAAUGCAUUACAUUUUCCAGUGGGAUUGCAGAGGACAAGAUGUUGAGCCUCCUUACAGGCAUGCUGAGCCAUCCAGAACUCAUCUGUAAACCAUGGGACACAUAGGUGAUAUUUAUACAUGUAUGUCCCUCUCCUAGGAAUUGUUACUAAAGCAACUUCAGAUAGAUGUAAAGACAUUCAUAGGAUGUUCCUAUAAAGGGGUAUCACUACUAUCAUUUCUAAUAUCUAAAUCAAAACUAGAGCUGGACCAAAGAUGGGUGAUGCAGAAGGCCUGAAAAGCAGGUCAAUCUGCAUUAGACAUCUUCUGCCUGCCUUCACAAAAAUUGUUUUCCUGCUCCCAAGUAGUUAAGUAUUUUAUGAUUAUGGGAAAGCGAUCCCUGCCACAUAGGCUGUCAUGUACAGUCCAGUUGAAAUCAAAUAGUAAUGUGGGACUGUCGCGUGUCGCAUGCUGGCUCAGCCUGACCUCUAGUCCGAGAGGGAAAGGGGGGGGGUCUGUUGCGUCAAUAAAGUCUGACGCAAUUUUGUUUUGUGGUGUUUUUUUUUUUAGGGAAAAAUAGAGGGGGAUAGAGAGAGGAAAGAGAAGAGACCGGUGAGCAGAGAGGAAGGUUGGGUGGGAAGAAAAGUUCCGCUGAUAGAACGGAGCAAAGUAUAUCCAUGAGGCAUCUGUUUGAGAAUCUUCGAGUGACAAUUAUAUGUCACACUCCAUAAUGACCUAAGCAGCGCAAAUUUGGUACCCGUAGACCUUGGAUUGCAAGUGCAUGCAUAUGGUGUGUCACAUGGUCAUGUGGCCCUCGUCAGAUGUCACCUGCAGACUGCCUUCAUCUGCUGAUCCCCUGCAGCGUAUGGUAAUGCUAGCAUUCACACUAUUUCUACUGGGAAUGUUCUUGAUGAAUGCCCAUAUUGGAGAUCUCCAUCAGCAGGACCAAUCUUCCUUCCAGAACUCUCACCCUUGCUCCCUCAGAUUUCCUCUGCAGGUAGCUGACUGUCUCACAUCUGGUAUUAGCAGCAACACACCCCAUGGGAAAGAUAAAAAACAUAUGCUGACAGUCCUGGCUUCUGGUCGUCUGGGAAACCAGAUGUUCCAGUACGCUUCUUUGUUGGGCAUUGCACACAAAAACCAGCGAGUCGCUUUCAUUUCAAGCAAACUGGAGAUUGUCCGCUAUUUCAGUGGCCUCUAUGUUGAUGAUCGUCCACUGCAAGGGUGGCAACAAGUGACGGAGGACCAGUAUGCUGUCUGUGAUCCUCGCAUGAAUGGUCUGCCCCUAGCUAACAUUAAACUCCAUGGCUUCCUGCAGUCAUGGCAUUACUUCACUGACAUCACAACUGAAGUCAGACGAGCAUUCCAACUCAAAAGGCCCAUUCAAAAGCAGCUGAAGACCUUUUUUCACAUGCAUAUUAGACAAUCAAUGAAAAACAUCACCAAAAAUACACGUAACGUCAUCAAGAUAGGCGUGCAUGUGCGCAGAGCAGACAUGCUUGACCCACGUGAGCAGGCUCGCGGUUAUGAGUGCGCACCUCUCUCGUAUCUGCUGAAAGCCCUGCAAUAUAUGAGAUCUAAGUUUGGUGGUCAGUCUAUAUUUUUUGUUGUUAGCGAUGACCUUGAAUGGUGUAAGAAAAACUUGGAUGGGGAAGAUGUUCAGAUUGUGGCAGCUGCAGCCCCAGUCAUUCACUUGGGGUUCCUGGGGAUGUGCGACCAUGUCAUCAUGACAGUGGGCACCUUCGGCUGGUGGGGUGCCUUCCUGUCUGGCGGCCAUGUUGUGUAUUAUGAUGGCUAUCCUAGACACGGAAGUGAAAUGGCAAAAGGAUUCCAAAGUACUGAUUUCUUUUUCCCUCAGUGGGUUCCAAUAGGAGCUUGACAUUUGGUAAGAAUUGCAUAUGUUGUUGCACAGGUGCUUAUGGGACACAAGAAGUCAUUAAGUCUUACCAUGCAGUUGCAAUCACUGCCCCAAAACCAUUUCUGUACCACAGUUAUGAAAGGAGAUAAUGCAUGCCUAAAAACUAACCAAUGUCUCAAAAUUAAGAUUUUUUUACUCUCGCCAAUAAAACCUAUUUCCCAAAGAAUUUGUUAUUGUUGGUUUGCUGGGAACAAAAGAUCUGAACCAUACAAUGGAAAAAAAAAACAAACAAAAAAACAAAACAGCAAAUUGACGACAGUCAAACAUGAGCAAAAUGCAUGAACAAUGGAAGCUUGAGGGAUGGCCUGUAGCCACUCAGAGUUGUCUCUCACAGAAUCAGAAAAGUUUCUUACAAGCAAACAGUUUGGUGGAGAAUACUGAGUGAGACAGUUAAGAGUUUAGAGUGUGCCUAUUGCAAUAAUGUUACUGCCUGGGAAAAAAGUUAAGUCUCAGUUGAUUUGACUUCUUAGUGGACAGCUAAUGAAUCAACUUAGUGCAUGUGAUCUGAAAGGGAGUGUCAUUAAUCUCUUCACCUUAAUUUUUCGCUGAAAAGUAGCUCUGUGUCCUUUUCUGAGAAAGGAAUGGUACAAAAGCAAAAAAAUAUUGAAGUUACAUUAUUUGCAGGCUUUUAAAGUAAUUUAAAAUUGUUUUAAAUAAAGUAUGAAAGAAAAUGUUGUAAAUAUUUAUUUAAAGUGCAUAAAUGUGAAGAAAAAUUAUUCCUUUGUGUAUGUGCUUGCUGUAUAUUUGUCUUAAGCUUCUCCGGUUUCUUUAAAUUGUCCACCAGUAUGCUUACAAUAAGGGAUAUGAAUGGAUAUAUAUAUAUAGCUGUUUAUUAGUAGUAUUAUGAUUUGUUGAAUUUAUUGUUGCAUGCUUGAAUGUCAAAUAUGUAAACAAAAGUCCCAACAUAUGAGCAAGUCCUCUGAUUAUGAGCAUGCUUGUGUCAUUUUUACAUUCAUGUGUAAGUCUGUUUUAACUUUUCCCAUAUUCAUAAAUAAGAAUUUUAUGGAUUUUAAAUAAAUGCAAAUAUGUGCUCAUGGA